AUGGGCGCCACUGCUAGACAGGGACUACUAGCUUUAAGAGGACACAAUGAAAAACAAGAAAGUUCUAAUAAAGGAAAUUUUUUAGAACUAUGUGAACUAUUUUGUAAAUUUGACCUUAAUUUUAAUGUAAAAUAUCAUGCAUAUUUAUCAUAUACUAGCCAUGAUAUCCAAAAUGAAAUUGUUAAUAUUGUAUCCAAUUCAACUAUAAAAGUCAUAAAAAAUGAAAAUUUAAAAUGUGGAAAGUAUUCAUUAAUGUCCGAUGAGGCUUAUUCAUUUAAAGAAGAACAAUUGAGUUUUGUGUGUGAGAUAUUGUAA